GCCAACCAGCCAGCCAGCCAUUGAACCCCUCUCCUCUCCUCUCCUCUCCGCGUCAAAUCCACCCCGGCGUCCGUUGUCCGGAAGCCCCACCAGCUCGGCGCGCCGCACGUGCGUACGCAUACCGCGUCGGUGGACCGAUCAAUGGCCCUGCUCAAGGCCGCGCGCGUCGCCGACGUGCCCACCCUCGACGUCGUCGUGCCGGACCACCUCGCCGCCGCCGCGCGCGUCCGCCUCGGUACGUGCCGUCUCGCUCGCCGUCCCCGCGUUCCUACCUCUCGUUUGGUCAUCGAUCGGCCGGCGAUAACGUGUGUUGCCCGGGCGCGCGCGACUGCAGACGCGGAGUCGGCGGCGACGACGAAGAGGCAGCAGCGCGGCGCGGGGCGGCGGUUCGCGGUGAUCGGGCACCGGGGCAAGGGGAUGAACGCGCUGGCGUCGCCGGACCGGCGGCUGCAGGAGGUCAAGGAGAACUCUGUCCGGUCCUUCAACGAGGCGGCGCGCUUCGCCGUCGACUACGUCGAGUUCGACGUGCAGGUGACCAAGGACGGCUGCCCAGUCAUCUUCCAUGACGACAUCAUCCUUACUGAAGAACAUGGCAAAAUUUCAGAUAAGCGUGUCACUGAUCUUCAGUUGGAAGACUUCCUCCAGUACGGCCCACAAAAUAAGCAAGGAAAGAAUGGAAAGCCUUUGCUGCGGAAAAUGAAGGACGGUCGGGUGUUGAAUUGGAACGUCCAGUCAGAUGAUCCCCUUUGCACCCUUCAAGAAGCAUUCGAGAAGGUCACUCCAAGAUUGGGCUUCAAUGUCGAGCUGAAGUUCGAUGACCAUCUUGCAUACGAAGAGGAAGAGCUCACUCACAUCCUCCAGGCCAUCCUCAAGGUUGUCUUCGAGUGUGCCAAGGAUAGGCCUAUCAUCUUCUCUAGCUUCCAGCCCGAUGCUGCGCAACUCAUGCGAAAACUGCAGAGUACAUACCCAGUGUACUUCUUGACGAACGGAGGGACGGAGAUCUACGCCGACGUGCGGAGGAAUUCGUUGGAAGAGGCGGUCAAGCUGUGCCUCUCCACUGGCAUGCAAGGGAUCGUGUCCGAGGCCCGCGCAGUCUUCAGGUUUCCGACCGCCAUACCGAUGAUCAAGGAGGCUGACCUCUCCCUACUAACUUACGGGACACUCAAUAACGUGCCGGAGGCAGUGUACAUGCAGCACCUCAUGGGGGUGAACGGGGUGAUCGUCGACCUCGUGCCGGAGAUCACGGGGGCCGUCUCUGACCUCAUCGCCUCCCCGGAGACCGACACGGAGAUCAAUGAUCUGAGCAGCCAAGUGGUGAAAGAUGCCGCGUCGACGCCGAAUUUCACGCAGCGGGAGAUUUCAUUCCUGCUGAGGCUGAUGCCGGAGCUUGUGCAAUAACACAGAUUGCACCCCGUUCAUGGCCUUGGAUGUAACUGACUGAUUGGCAUACAGGAAGAGGAGCCACUUGUGGAGGGAAGUACAAGUAUACGUACUGGGUGGGUUGGUGUGCUUCGGUGAGCUCUCUCCCUGGAGAAUUGGGAAUUGGGGAUUGAUUUAUACAUGUUGUAGCGAGGGUGAUGAUUUUUUUGGAUAUACAGUGAAUGUCACCGUCACAAUGGCGGUGUUACUAAACAUAAUACUCCCUCCAUAUUGGAUGGGAGCACAUAA